AUGACGAACUUGAUCGGCAACCUAACGAGUAUCCUCGUAUCUCGCGACCUCUUCUCGACUUCUUAUUCUCCAACCGUUUCAUGGAAAACACAGUUGUUUCUCGUUGGCCUCUUUGGAUUUCUCUUUGCCAAUGCGAAGAGCUUGCCUCUGGCUCACACCCUGCGCCUGCUGCCCUCUGUCUAUCGACUCUUCUGGCCUCGACUCUUCAAGAAGCCCAAAAGGGAAUCUCUCACGGCAGAUAGCAUACAGGAAUCUGCCAUCACCGCCGCCUCCCCCAGCCUGUUCCGCUACGAAGUCGCCAACUACCGGGUCGCCCCGCUCGACCUCGACGUCAACCUGCACAAGUCCAACAGCACGUUUUUCACCGACGCAGACAUCAGCCGCGCGGCUCUGCUCACCAAAAUCCUGUCGCCGGCGCUCGCGCGCCUCGGGCCCGCGGAUUUCGUCCUCGCCGCGGUGCAGUCCAGCUUCAAGCGCCCCGUCGCGCCCUGGCAGGCGUACCGGGUUUCGUCGAGGAUCCUGGCCUGGGACGAGCGGUCGCUGUACCUCGUGACCUACUUCACGAAGCCCGGCACGGACGGGCUUCUCGCCGAGGUGGAUCUUCGAGGAGGUCCGGCCGCCGUGCUCGACGAUAAGGUCCUGAGUAAAGGCGUGUUUGCGACGUUGGCCACCAAGUAUGUGUUCAAGGCUGGCCGGACGACUGUGAGGCCGUUGGAUGUCCUUGUGGAGGCUGGCUUGCUUCAUCACGGGGAGGGACCUGGCCGGGGGGAGGCAGUGGGAAUCUCUGAGAUUCAGGAAGGGGUAGAGCGUGGUCUCGAGUAUGUAAAGAGCGGCGUUGUUUGA